GACCUCAGCUGUAGGUGUCAGUGAACGAUCUUAGUCUGAUGCGAGCCAUCGUGUCGGUCAGCGGAGCAAACCGGAGAACCGCAGCGGCAGGAUGGGGAAGAAACAGAAGAAAUCCGGGGAGGACAGUGCCAAAGAUGACGGCAUCGACAUUGAUGCUCUGGCGGCGGAGAUUGAAGGAGCCGGAGCCUCCAAGGAGCCAAAAGGGAAGAAGAAGAAGAAAGGAGCCAAGAAGGAUGACUUCGAUGAGGAUGACAUCCUGAAGGAGCUUGAGGAGUUGUCUUUGGAGACUCAGGGAGGAAAGGGAAAGAAAGCAGACACCACAGAGGAAGUGGAGAGCGUCGAGCCUCCCAAACCAGAGAAGAAGAAGACCAGAAAGGGGAGGAAAGGAGGAGCCAGCCCUGAAGAUGAAGAGGGUGAUGAAGGUGAAGGUCAGAUUGAUGAAGAAAGGAACGGGGAGCAGAAAGACAGAAAGAAGGCGACUCCUGCUGCUCCUCCUUCUGACUCCGAUGAUGACAGCGGCUCACGUUCUCGCCCCAAAGCCAAAGGAGGAAAGAAAGGAGGCAAAAAGCCUUCAGUGUCCGAAGAAGAUGAGGACAAAGACGAGGAUGAAGGUGCGAGGAAAGGACAAGGAGGAGUAGGAGGUGGAAAAGGGAAGGAGGAGGAGUCAGAGGAGGACGAGGAGUUCAUCUCCAGGAGAGAGCAGAAGAAGAAGAACAAAGGUAAGGUGGUGAAGGUGGAGAGCGAGGAUGAGGAGGACCAGGAGGAGGAUGGAGGAGGCUUCAAGAUCAAGACGGCGGCGCAGAAGAAGGCGGAGAAGAAGGAGAGGGAGAGGAAGAAGAAGGAGGAGGAGAGGAUGAAGCAGAAGAAGCUCAAGGAGAAGGAAAAGGAGGGAAGCGUGGAAGCUAAAAAAGAGCCAGAGAAGAUGACAGAGGCCACGCCCCCUCAGGUAGCACCACCUGCAGCCGCGACGGAGGAACAGGAAGGGGCAGAACCUGCAGCUGAAGAGGAGGCUGAGGGCGACAAGAAGAAGAAAGACAAGAAGAAGAAGAAGGGUGAGAAGGAGGAGAAGGAGAAGAAGAAAGGACCCAGCAAGGCCACAGUGAAGGCCAUGCAGGAGGCUUUGGCCAAGAUGAAGGAGGAGGAGGAGCGAGCCAAAAGAGAGGAGGAGGAGCGGCUGAGGAGACUGGAGGAGCUGGAGAAGCAAAGGCUGGAGCAGGAGCGGCUGGAGCAGGAGCGUAAGGAGAAGAAGAAACAGAAGGAGAAGGAGAGGAAGGAGCGUCUGAAGAAGGAGGGGAAGCUGCUGACUAAAUCCCAGAGAGAAGCUCGAGCUCGGGCCGAGGCCACGCUCAAGUUGCUGCAGGCUCAGGGUGUGGAGGUGCCAUCCAAAGACUCUGUGCCAAAGAAGAAGCCAGUUUAUGGAGACAAGAGGAAGAAGAAGCCAAACGCACAAACACCUGAAGAAACAUCAGAGGUCACUUCACCGACGUCGGAGACGCCAGAGCCCGUUGCCAUGGAGACCGAGGCUGAGACGCCAGCGGCAGAGCCAGAGGUGAAGCCAGAUGCUGCUGUGGACGACUGGGAGGCCAUCGCCAGCGAUGAGGAGAAAGAGUUGAAGAAAGUCCACAUUGAGGUGAAGGAGGAGACCGCUGCUCAGCCUGCAGGCAGCGAGGAGGACGAAGAGGACGAAGACGAGGAAGAGGAUGAGGAAGAGGAGGAUGAAGAUGACGAAGAGGAGGAUGAAAGCGAGGGCGACGGUGAGGAGGAGAAGGAGUCGACGGCGGCCGGUCACGGUAAGAAGAAGGAGAGCGAGGACGAGAGCAGCGAGAGUGAGGACGACGACGGGAGGACGAAGGAGGAGCGACUGUACGACCGAGCCAAGAGGAGAAUCGAGAAACGGAGAGUGGAGAACCUGAAGAACAUCGACCUGGACACGCUUAGAGCUCCUGUGGUGUGUGUGCUCGGGCACGUCGACACCGGAAAGACCAAGAUCCUCGACAAGCUGCGACACACUCAUGUUCAGGACGGUGAAGCCGGAGGAAUCACUCAGCAGAUCGGAGCCACAAAUGUCCCAAAGGAGACGAUUGAGGAGCAGACAAAGAUGGUUAAAAAUUUUGACAGAGAAAACAUCAAGAUCCCCGGCAUGUUGAUCAUCGACACACCAGGACACGAGUCCUUCAGUAACCUGAGGAACAGAGGCAGCUCUCUGUGCGACAUCGCCAUCCUGGUGGUGGACAUCAUGCACGGCCUGGAGCCUCAGACGCUCGAGUCCAUCAACCUGCUGAAGGAGAAGAAGUGUCCCUUCGUCGUCGCCCUCAAUAAGAUCGAUCGUCUGUAUGAUUGGAAGAAGAGUCCAGACACCGACGUCGUGGCCACGCUGAAGAAGCAGAAGAAAAACACCAAGGACGAGUUUGACGAGCGAGCCAAGGCCAUCAUCGUGGAGUUCGCUCAGCAGGGUCUGAACGCUGCCUUGUUCUACGAGAAUAAAGACCCCCGCACGUUUGUGUCAUUGGUUCCCACCUCUGCCCACAGCGGCGACGGGAUGGGAAACCUCAUCGCGCUGUUGAUCGAGCUCACCCAGACCAUGUUAGCCCGCCGGCUAGCACACUGUGACGAGCUGCGAGCUCAGGUCAUGGAGGUGAAAGCUCUGCCUGGAAUGGGGACUACGAUAGACGUCAUCCUGAUUAACGGCCGUCUGCGGGAGGGAGAGACCAUCAUCGUCCCGGGGGUGGAGGGACCAAUCGUAACACAGAUCAGAGGGUUACUGCUGCCUCCCCCUCUGAAGGAGCUCAGAGUCAAGAACCAGUACGAGAAGCACAAGGAGGUGUCGACGUCUCAGGGGGUGAAGAUUCUGGGUAAAGACCUGGAGAAGACCUUGGCGGGACUCCCCCUGCUGGUGGCUCACAGGGACGACGAGGUCCCCGUCCUCAGGGAUGAACUGGUGCGAGAGCUUAAACAGACUCUGAGCUCCAUCAAACUGGAAGAGAAAGGAGUUUACGUGCAGGCGUCCACGCUGGGAUCACUGGAGGCUCUGCUGGAGUUCCUCCGGACGUCUAAAGUCCCUUAUGCUGGGAUUAACAUCGGUCCAGUUCACAAGAAAGAUGUGAUGAAGGCGUCGACCAUGCUGGAGCACGACCCGCAGUACGCGGUGAUCCUGGCGUUCGACGUGAAGGUGGAGAGGGAGAGUCAGGAGAUGGCCGACAGCCUGGGGGUUCGGAUCUUCUCGGCUGAAAUCAUCUACCAUCUGUUCGACGCCUUCACCAAGUACAGAGAGGACUACAAGAAGGCCAAACAGGAUGAGUUCAAACAUAUAGCUGUGUUUCCGGUGAAGCUGCGGGUUCUUCCUCAGUUCAUCUUCAACUCCAGAGAUCCUAUCGUGAUGGGGGUGUCGGUGGAGGCCGGAGUCCUGAAACAGGGGACGCCGCUCUGUGUCCCCAGCAAAGGGUUUGUGGAUAUCGGCGUGGUGACGAGCAUCGAGAUAAACCAUAAGUCCGUCGACAGCGCCAAGAAAGGCCAGGAGAUCUGCAUCAAGAUCGAGCCCAUUCCCGGGGAGUCCCCCAAGAUGUACGGCCGCCAUUUUGAAGCCACUGACAUCAUUGUCAGCAAGAUCACGCGGGCGUCCAUCGACGCUCUGAAGAACUGGUUCAGAGACGAGAUGCAGAAAUCUGACUGGCAGCUGAUCAUGGAGCUGAAGAAGACCUUCGAGAUCAUCUGAGGGACAUGAAACACAAACAAACGCACACACAGAUAAACACGUGCGCUUCUUCCCUCAGACGACAAGACGACGGCGGAAGUGCA